AUGAUUGAGUUAACAAAGAAGCUGGAAUCUUUUCUUCAAUCGAGAGGUACAGAGAAGCUUCAGGAAUCAACGAAGAAACACCUGAGAAAGAAACUAGAGUCAGAGUUUGGUUCCACUUUGGAAAUUUUUCCAGAUGAAAAGGGAAAGCUACUGGUUAUUCCUGCAAACCUGGAUAUCAAGGAAACAGUAAAGAAGAUGGUUAACCUGGAAAAGGAAGUAAUGAGUUUUAAGUCCCAAGCAACAGAAAUGCAAACGAUCGUCGAUCAGAGCGCUGAACACUUGCGAAAUGUGAUUUUAGAUAUGAAGUGGACUAUGCCCUGGCCUAUUCUCCCGUCCGAUUUAUCCGUUGAUCAGUUUCCUGUACCAGAAUGUCUUCGUCGCUUCUUGAUAGGACUACUCACAUCAAAUCGUGACGUGAAGAAUCCCUCACCAAGAGUGAAAAUGUUACUUGAGUCCUUCAGUCAAGAUAUUAUUUAUGCAGUGACCGGCGGCAGGACAAAACCACCUAAGCAGAUUCUCCUAUCGUAUGGAGUCAAAACUUUGACUGGCAAUGUAGAAUUAAUCCGUAUGCUCAAUAGAUUUGGCCAUGGCGUGUCGUAUUCCCAGCUAGAAGAGAAUGAUACAGCCUUAUGUCUCCAAAAACUCGCUGCUAACCUCAAUCAGACUACAAUACUGCCAGGAACCAUUCAACCAAACGUUUUUACCAAUUUAGCUUGGGACAACAUCGAUCGCCUAGAGGAAACCUUGACUGGAGGGGGUACAACCCACAGAGUUAAUGGAAUAGCGGUGCAACCAAGAGUCUUUGGGCCACAUCUACCAGCUCCACAGCUGCCUCCAAUUUUGAAGCAGAAGCAGAGGAGUAUCAUCCACGAAGAGCAACCUUUGCCCACGUACAUCGCUGGUGAAAGAGUUGGUCCAGGUCGUAUUAAAGCGAGCAGCAAUCUGAUGAACAUCCAGGAAGCAGAAGCUCGUAAUGCUCAAGCAUGGAAUCUGACCUGGGCUGUGGCACGCCAGACCCAUGUAGAGGACCAGAGGGUACCAAGCUGGACCGGUUUUCAUGUUCAAACGCGAAGCAAGGAGGAUGUGCGGGAGGACGUGGUGGCUUAUUUACCAACAAUUAAUGCCCCAGCGACAGAGCUAAGCACCGUUAAUGAAAUCCUGCGCCAGUCCGAAGACAUCAGGAAAAGGCUUUAUCUAGACCAGAUCGUCGUUGUAUUGGAUCAAGCAUUAUAUGCCAAAGCAUGUGAGGUUGCUUGGAAAAACAGAGAGCUUUAUGAGAAAAUCAUUCUUCGCUUAGGAACAUUUCAUACAAUCUGCAACCUACUGUCCAUAAUAGGGAAGCGCUUUCAAGAUGCAGGCUUGAGUGAUGUCUGUAUCGAAUCUGGCAUACUAGCUGGAGGAUCCGUGUGUGGUGUUAUGGAAGGGAAGGUGUAUAAUCGUGCUGUUCGCAUCCACAAGUACAUCUACGAAGCUCUUAUGCGACUCGUAUGGAAGCAGUUUGUGCCAUGGCUAACAGUUAACCAUGCAGACAAAGUGGGUAAACUACGUGUCCUCCAAGUCAAGGUCAGCGACAUGGUCAAUGAAGUAGAACUCCGACAGUGUGAAAGUAUUUUGAACAGUGAUCCUUUCAAAGAAAUUCACCUGAUUUGGAUGCAAUACUUGCAAUACCUGCGCUCUGAGAAUGGCCCACUGUCCUGCUUUUGGAUGUCGUACAUUGACAUUGUCGGUGAUGUACUACUUGGAUUGAUUCGAGCAUCUCGUGAAGGUAACUGGCAGCUACAUCUCUACGCCAUUCGUAACAUGAUCCCGUGGUGCUUCGCGUACGACAAAAUAAACUAUGCUAGGUAUCUACCUGUCUACUACGCUCAGAUGAUAAAUCUCCCCUCCGAACACCCGAACGUGUAUUCCAACUUCAUGAAUGGAAGAUUUUCCGUUCAACUUGCUGGAGAAAGCCCUUUUGGGCGCAUCCCUGUAGACCAGACCACGGAAGUCACUGUCAACAAGGACACCAAGUCAAGUGGGGGCAUUACCAAGUAUAGUCUAAAGACAGGAGCGGUAACUAGAUUCUACAUGACAGCUGAGUACCGAUGCUCCUUUCUUGCUCAUUUGAGAGACAUGGUUCAAGUCAAGCGCCCAUCCUAUCAUCAUGACGAAAUGCUGUCUACCAGGAAGCGCAAAGACGAGCAAGCAGUAACAACAAUAGAGAGUCUGAUUGAAGGCUGGAACAAUCCCUUCACAGAGAGGAAAGAGCUUGUGAGUUUAUCCACUGCCAAACAAGCGCCUGAAGAUGUAACUAGAGACCUUUUGAACGCUCGAAAAGUCGGCGAAGAGGCCUAUCAAGUGUUCAAAGAGCAACGUCUGGAAUCGUCUCCACCACAGAAGAAAUUUCAUGACACAAUGAAGUUGAACAAACUGAAAACCUUUUCUUCCCUUAGUCAGAAGAAAAAGGUUUCCACCGACGGCAGGACGAUGGUCUUGAAAGCCGAUAGGUCUCUUUUUGGGCGGAUCAUAAUCAUUGGUCAGAGCCGGAAGAUUGAUGUGAGAGAACUGCUACAGUACAGCUUGGGGCCAUUACCGUGGUCUUUAGCAACUACAGAAGGGUUUCCUCGAAAAACAAACAAAGCAGCGCUGGCGACUCCCCUCCAAAAGGAUGUACCGUUAGCUGAUGGCCUUCCGCAGAACUCAGCUGCUAUUAUCGACGGUAUGAGUCUAGUUCAGAAGUUGAGCGUUGGUGGAGGACAGACAACCUUCGCAAUGGUUGCUUCUUCUCUUCUAACAAAAGUUCUUCACGAAGGUUCCCAGAGCAACAGAAUCGACGUGGUUUUCGAUACAUACAGAGAUAUGUCAAUUAAGAACGCAGAGAGAACCAUGCGUGGAGAAGUUGCGGGAGUUCAACUGUCGCAUAUAAGUUCUACUCAGCUGGUCAAGCAGUGGAGAAAGUUCCUGUCGGAGGUCAAGAACAAGACAAGUCUAAUCAAGUUCAUUUCCAGAGAAUGGAGAGAAGAAGACUGCAUGAGAAGGCUGAAAGGAAAAACAUUGUUUGUUACUGCCGAGAGCGAAUGCUGGAAGAUAACUGAAAGGGGAAGCGAGAAUGUGGCAGAGCUGACAAGUAACCAGGAGGAAGCUGACACUCGUCUACUGCUUCACGCUAAACAUGCUGCCCAGGAGGGGUAUGAAGCAGUCGCAGUGAUCUCAGAAGACACAGACGUGUUUGUCUUGCUUUUGAACUUCUCAAGCAUUAUCAACACUAAACUCUAUAUGAAGUGCGGUUCCAGAACGAGGACGCGACUUGUCGACAUCAAAGGAGCAGUUCAGAGAACCGGGCGAGAGAUAUGCGAGGCACUGAUUGGGUUGCAUUCUUUUACAGGGUGUGAUUCAGUAAGUGCCUUUGCUGGUAAAGGAAAGAUAGGGGCUCUUAAAAUCCUUAAAAGCAAUGAAGGCGCAAGAAGAGCGUUCCGAGAGCUUGGCUAG